UUGUAAUAGUAUGAAUAAUAUGAGUUAAAUUUAAAAUUAUUUUGAAUAUUGUUAUGGCCGAAGAAAUAGAAAAUUUCUAUGGAGUAUACCUAUUGUAUUGCCUAAAUGAAAAGAGCAAAGGAAAAACUUACAUUGGCUAUACCAAGGAUCCCAAUCGCCGUAUAAAACAACACAACAAAGGUGUUAAAAGUGGAGGCGCCAGAAAAACCAGUCUUCGUGGGCCAUGGGAAAUGGUUUUGAUUGUACACGGAUUCCCUAACGAUAUAUCAGCAUUAAGAUUUGAAUGGGCAUGGCAAAAUCCUAAGACAUCUAGACGAUUGAAACACAUAGCACAAAAAGCAAGAACUGAAAAAGCAUAUGACUAUUGUAUCCGCAUACUUUCUGAAAUGCUGCAUGUGGGCCCAUGGAAUCGUCUAGCUUUAAACAUCCGGUGGCUAAAUAUGCUUUAUCAUCGUGACUUUAGUAACGACAAAUUCCCACCCAUGCACAUGUCUAUAUGUCAAGGACCAGUUGUAUGUAAAAAACCUGUGUCACCAAGUGAUACCAGCUUGAUGGACGGCAGUAAAUGUCAAAUAUGUGUUUUGUGUGCACGUAAUUGUUCUGCAGAAAGUCUAUUAAAUUGUUUAGAUCCAGAUUGUCAAGCAGCCACUCAUAUACUGUGUCUCGCCAAACGAUUCUUAGGAUCGUCUGAUCAUGUUAUACCCAUAGAUGGUGAAUGUCCAGCAUGUGGCAUCCGCGUCUUUUGGGGUGAUUUAAUUCGGCGAAAAAAUGGAUGUUAUAAAAAUUUAAUAGCUACUGUUACAUAAUUAAUGUAUUGUCAUUGAUUAUGGUUUGUGUUCCUCUUUAGUGUAAAGUUAACAAAUGUAAAAUGUAUUUUUAAAUUACAUAUAAAUUUUUAUAUAUUUUACAUUUUAUUGAUUGUUGUACAUAU